AGAUUUUGUAUUAUCCAGAAUCGUUAUCAGAAGCAGAACCAAAAAGAACAAGAGGUUACACCCAUUCACAACAACAAUGGUAGCUAUGGCUAUGGCUUCUCUUCAGAGUUCCAUGACCUCCCUCUCCCUCUCCUCCAACUCUUUCUUCGGCCAGCCUCUCGCUCCCAUCACUCUCUCCCCUUUUCUUCCGGGUAAGCCAACAGAGAAGAAAUGUCUUAUUGUGAUGAAGCUUAAACGGUGGGAGCGAAAGGAAUGUAAACCAAACAGCCUUCCUGUGUUACACAAAAUGCAUGUUAAACUUGGAGAUACAGUGAAAGUCAUAUCUGGACAUGAAAAGGGUCAAAUAGGGGAGAUUACUAAGAUCUUCAAACACGACAGCACCGUCAUUGUUAAAGACUUAAACUUGAAGACAAAGCAUGUGAAAAGUAGAGAAGAGGGAGAACCAGGCCAAAUAAUUCAGGUUGAAGCUCCUAUCCACAGUUCAAAUUUGAUGCUUUACUCCAAAGAAAAGGAGGUAGCAAGCCGUGUAGGUCAUAAAAUUCUUGACAACGGUAAAAGAGUUCGCUAUCUGAUAAAAACUGGAGAGAUUAUUGAUAGUGUAGAGAAUUGGAAGAAGCUGAAGGAAGCUAAUGCGAAAACUGCAGAAGUUGCUGCUACCUAGCUUUACUGUAUUACUUCAUGUAUUCGGCAGUUAUGUAACUCUAUGUAUUUGUAUUUUUUUGCUCAUUUUAUUUUAAGUGUAUAUUAUGUUAUUAUUUUAGUUACCUA